AUGUCAACCCUUGUAAAUCGUGCACGGUCGGAACUAACACAAGAUGAGCUUGCUCAGCUGGAAGAGUUUGAAUUUAAGCAUGGACCAAUGUCACUAAUAAAUGAAGCAAUGAUAUCAAAGGUACCUGUUAUAAUAUCACUGAGGAACAAUCACAAAAUAAUAGCACGAGUUAAGUCCUUUGAUAGACACUGUAAUAUGGUUUUAGAAAACGUUAAGGAAAUAUGGACGGAAAAAGAAGGUAAUAAGGUAGCUAAUAAAGAACGAUUUAUAUCAAAAUUGUUCCUAAGAGGAGAUUCAGUAAUAGUGGUUCUGAAAGCCGCACUGUAA